AUGGCGCCUGCUGCGAAAGCCAAGCCAGACAAGGAGGAGAAGCAGAAACCAGACCGGGCGGAUCAGGUGGCUCGCCUCAUGGGCUUGCUACAUCGCGACCACACCAAGCCACACGACCCGCCGCCGCCCGACGAGGACACCGACCAAGACGACGCUCCUGCUGCCGCCGACAAGCCUGCCGCCCCCAGCGCGUCGGCCAGCCGCUGCUCCAACAGCGGAAGGCGGCCGGCCCCUGAGAGCGCUCAGGCUGAUGGAUCGUCGGCGUCGGCGCGCCGCGGCGCCGCGCCUCCCAGCCCGUCGCACGGCAUGGCGCCGUCCGUGUCGUGGGAGGGGCAAUGCGGUUCGCGAGGCGCAACCGCGGAAUCUCCUCGCUACGCCAACGCGCCGCCUCCGCAGCAGCAGCAAAUGCGCGGCCGGCCACGUCCACAAGCAGUGCAAGCGCCGUCGCCACGUGGCGCGCAAGCCGUCGCGCGGUCCUUCAACAACGGCGGGGUUGAAUCCCCGCACACUCCGCCGGACCAGCCCCCUCCGCGCAUCGGCCCAACAGCCUCGUCGCCGCACUCCGGGGCGGGGCCGCGCGCGCCGCCGCGGCCCAAGACCGGGGAGCAGCUUCAAGGCCCGCCGCUGCCGUCGCCCCGCGGGGCGGCUUCCCCCAAGUCGUGGAGCAACCCCGAUGGCGCCGCCCCAGGGCCCGUCGCACCGCGAAAAAUCCGAGCGCCUUCCAUCCGACUCGAAGGCGCUGCGGGCGACGACGGCGAGGGGAGGUAUUCAGCCCCCGUGGCGGCAUCCCCCGUUGCUAGUAGCGGCGGCACAACGCCGAGGGGCGGGGCGGCGCGGCCAGGUUCAUCGGCGGCUCGUCGCGAGCCGAACCGCGCGAGUAGCAUGGGCGAUUUCCCCGACGCGCGCGCCGCCGACGGCGGCAGCAGCAACGCUCUCAUGCCCCCGCUGUCGCCGCUCGGCAGCGCAGCUGGUGGCGCGCGAUCGGCGGUAGCUGCGCGCGGGAGGCGCGUGGCGACGAAGCACGCGAGUCUGGGCCACCAGGAGUACGAGCGCAUGCACGUCGGCACCUCGACUAGCCCCGGCAAUCCCAGCCUGUCGCCGUUACACGCGUCCGCCGUACCCCGGGCAGGCGUGAAGCAGGCGGCUGGCGGAACGCGCGCGGGGCUCACUCCGGGUGCCUCCCCGCCGAGUGGUGGAGACAUGGUGAGGGCGGCGGAUGGCGCGCACGGGGGAGCGCGGAGGGCGUCGAAGCACAUGAGUCUGGGGAAGGAGGACUACCUGCGCAUGGAGGCCGCGGGCAGCGGAUACCUGCCCUCCCCCUCCCCGCCGCCGCCGCAUGCCCGCGCCUCAGCCGGCCCUGGCGCUGGCGCUGCUGGUGCGCCGACCGGCCGGGUGAAGCCGGGGAGGCGCGCGAGCAUGGGCGAGGAGGGCAUGGAGGCCAUGAUGCGCGCAGCGGCGGCGGCCGCCAGCGAGGGCAGGCGCAAGAGCGUCGAUGACUCGGCGGCGCCGCCCCAGGGCUGGGAAAAGUCCUGGACAGGCGGCGGCGAGGUGAAGGGUGGCGAAAGGAGGGGCGAGCCGGGUCGCGAGCGAGCGCGCAAAGAGCAGAGAAACGAGGCGGAGGAGGGAAGGGGAGCGGGCGAGGAGGGCGGGGCAGAGGGCGGAGCAGCGGACGAAGUCGUGGGGGAGGACCCAUGCGGCAGCCCGGUGCUGGGCGUGCAGGGGCGCGCGGAGGAACCGGCGUGGGCGGACGAGGCGGCAGAGAGCGUGGGGGCGCGCAGUGGCGGGGAGCUGUCCGCGAGGGCGGGGGGCGGCAGGAAGGGCAGUCUGGCGCGGAGCCUGACGGAGGACGAGGAGGCGGGCGACGAAGCGCCGGCUGAGCGGCCUCGCGGGAAGGCGCAGGCGCAGGCGAGCCCCAAGGCGAGCCCGAGGGGGCCGAGCGGGCGGCGGCUUGCGCGGCCGAUGGAGGAGGACGAGGGCGCGGAGGAGUCGGGCGGAGCGGCCAAGGCAGUGGCGGGCGGGCGAGGGAAGGCGGCCGCGGAGGCGCGGGGCGCAGCGAAGGGGCGAGUGAGGCCGCGCAGCAUGGAAGCGGACGAGGGGGGUGGCUGGGGCGAGUGUCAAGGGCGGCCCGGCGAGAGAACUGUGAGGGUUGAAGGCGCCAAGGGCGCGGGCGCAGGCAGCGCGAAGCGGGGCAGCCUGGCGCGGAGCCUGCGGGAGGAUGACGAGGAGAAGGGGCGCGCGGUGGGGAAGGCGGGAGGCGGCCUGGUGAGGUGCCUGUCGGACGACGAGGAGGAGGGCGCACACGCGGUAGAGGCGAACAAGGCUAAGGGGCACGUGAGGGGCGCAGAGAGCGAGCAGCACGGCGCGGCCGGCGGCGCGAAGCAGAAGGCGGCGAAUGGGAUAUCAGGCAGGAAAGGCGGCUCGCUGGUGCGGAGCAUGACGGAGGACGAGGAUGACGACGCGCCUUCCCCACCGCGCGCAGGCAGCGGGGAGGGCAAAGGCGGACGGGGCGUGCAGGUGCGGGAGCAGGCGACGGGGAAGGUGCGGGGGGAGGGGGCGAGCUCAAAGGGGCGGGCGAGAGGGGAGAUGGAAAGUGGAGAAGGCGUGGCGGCGGGGAAGGCAGGAGGCAGCCUGGUGAGGUGCCUGUCAGACGACGAGGAGGAGGCAGAUAAGGGGAAAGCAGGAAAGGCUGGUGAGGGGCACGUGGGGGAUGCCGAGGGCGAGCAGCACAGCGCUGCCGGCGGAGCGAAGCAGAAGGCGAUUGGCAAGGCAAGCAGGAAUGGUAGUUCACUGGUGCGGAGCAUGACCGAGGAUGGAGAUGACGACGCGGAUACAGGCGCGGGGCGGGGACAUGGCAGCGGGGGGAGCAAAAGCGGACGCGAGGGUGCGGGGCGGGGCGCUCAGGUGAGGGAGCAGCGGAAAGGAAAGGCGCGGGGGGAGGGGGCGAGCCCAAAAGGGCGGGUGAGAGCGGAGAGAGACAGUGGAGAAGGUAUGGCGCAGGGGAAGGCGGCGAGUGCGGCAGAGGAAGUCCGUGCGGACAUGGCGCCUGCUGUGGGCAAGGCAGGAGGCGGCCUGGUGAGGUGCCUAUCAGACGAUGAGGAGGAGAAGGCGGUAGAGGCGAGCAAGGCUAAGGGGCACGCGAGGGGGGGGCAGCACAGUGCCACUGGUGGAUCGAGGCAGAAGGCGUUGAACGGCGAUCCAGGAAGGAAGAGUGGGUUGCUGGCGAGGAGCAUGCGUGAGGAUGGUGGCGAGGAUGCGGAUAUGCGCGUGGUGGAGGGGCAUGGCGGCGGGGAGAGCGAAGGCGGUCGUGAGGGUGCGGGGCGGGGCGUGCAGGUGAGGGAGGAGCCAGCAGGACAGGCAUGCGCGGAGGGGGAGGGCGCAACCAGGCAGGCGAGAGGAGAGAUGGAAACUGGAGAAGGCGUGGCGCAGGGAAACGCGGCGAGUGAGGCAGGGGAAGUGCAUGGGGACACGGUGCAUGGGGAGGCAGGAGGCAGCCUUGUGAGGUGCCUGUCAGACGAUGAGGGGGACACACAUGCGGCACAGGGGAGCACGGCUGAGGGAAGUCAAGCUGAGGGGCAUGUGGCGGGUGGGGAGAGCGAGCAGCACACAGAUGCUGGAGGAGCGAGGGCGAAGGCAGCGAGUGCCAACCCAGGAAGAAAGAAGCUGCUGAUGCGGAGCAUGACGGAGGAUGAGAGCGAGGAGGAAGCAGAGGUGCCCGCCAAGCCCAUGCCGGCCAAGCCCGUGCCUGUUGAGAACGAGCCAAAGCCCGCGAGCCGGGCACAGGGGGCACGGGGAGGACGGGGUGGGGGGCGGGGUGCAGGGGUGACAAGGAGGGCUCCCCGUGAGGCGGGGCAGCGGGCAGGGCGGGGAACGGCAGGGCAGCAGGGCAGGGCGGAGCAGGCGGCACAGAUGGCACCGGCAGAGGAGUUGCCAGAGGUGCAGGGAGGCGAGAAGGAGAAGGGGAAGCGAGGCAUUGGCGGACUGAUGAGCAGGCUCAAGGUCCUUGCCACGUGA